AUGGAGGAACACAGUUGUAGCGAGACCAGAAGCAUCCACAGCCUCCCUACGGAAAGGGCAAUAAUAGGUGCCCACACUGAUUCCGGCAGUCUUACCUUCUUGCACAAUCGCCUUGGUGGACUCCAAGUGCUCCCACCUGGUCAUGACGAGUGGUCCUACAUUCGACCCAUUCCUGGACACGCAAUUUGCAAUAUUGGAGAUGCGCUGUCUCUUUUCAGUGGAGGCAUCCUGCAAUCCAACAUUCACCGCGUUGUUCCACCUCCCGGCGCACAGGCUGAAUGCGAGCGGUGGUCCUUGGCUUUCUUUACCCGUUCGGGCAACUCCAAAGUUCUCCGGGCUCUUGUUGAAUCCAGUCAUAUUAUUUGCAGAGGCGGUGAAGAAGCAACCUGA